AUAAUUUAGAACAGAAUAUGGAGCCUGAGGAAGAAAAGGGUAAUGAAAAGCAAGACGAAAUCCAAGAAGAGUUAGAACCUGAACCCGAAGAGCAAAAACAGGAUGAAAAGCAAGACGAGAUGAGCAACAAGAUGACCCUGAAUAUUCAGGUAAUAGAGAAAAAUAAUGACUAG